GGAAGAACACCUGUCGAGAUUUUUUUGCCAUAUGGGUUUCUGUGGGCCAUCAGCGACGUGAGUGGACUGGAAACGUUACUUGAGCGCUUUUCUUGGGCCCCUUUGCUCAUUACAUAUUCAGCCGAACCUUGGCCUAUUAUCUCCAGUGUAAAGUCGGGUGCCCCCUUUUGGUGAAUACUCCUGUAGGGAGUAUCGGCGACGGUGGACCGUUGCGUAUUGGGCUGAAGGCCUGAUUGCUAUCAUAAACGACAUUCACUAUAAGACAUCAGUGGAGGCAGUGAGCCUUGAAGAGGGAACCAGUAUUUGCUCAAAUUCUGUGCUCAAGUGUGUUGAGAGCAAGAAAUAUCAAACAUGUCGGCACCACCACCACGACAGAAUAAUACCGUGUACAUUCCGCCGCGAAGAAAUAUCCCCGCACGAUUGCCUCGUGGAGGCAGCUCAACCGGUGUGCUCAGCGGCAGUACAGUGAGCACCGGACCGCCGACCCCUGCUGUCGACGUCAAUCGUUCAGCAACUGUCGGCAGUAUCCCGCCUACCGUACAGAUUGCACCCCGCACAACAUCUGGGGCAACUGUCAGCAUUCCCUCACGGGGAGCUUCUGCGCAAGGCUUUCCAGAUCGAGGGACUGCAUUUCCUGCUUCAGGACAGCGAAUGUCGUUUGUGCCCCCGCCUCGUCGUAAUCUUCCAUCUCAAGCUGCCCCACCAUAUCCUCCCCGACCUUCAGUGCAAAUGCCUCUACCCCAUUCAGCAGUGUCAUACCCAGAGCAGCAAUAUCAACAUCCACCAUAUCCGCAACAGAGUGCAUAUCCACCACCUCAAGCACAGUCGCCCUAUCUUUCAUCUCCGCAGUCAUUCGAAUCUCCAUACGCACAGCCGACGGCAAUGUUUCCGGAACCCCAGUACACUUCCUUUAACACGGGAAACGAAUAUGGUCGCCGUCCAGUGUCGUUCCACGCUGAUGCAGAUGUGCAGAUACCACCUCGCCGCGAAACACAGCGAUAUUCAUUCAGUGAGACAUCCUCGAUUUCAUCCCUCGACGAAGAGGCAUCGCGUCUGUCCCGACAGGGCUCCGAUGGAUCAGUGUAUGCACCUGCGCCCGUAAUUCCGCCAAGAUCCACUGGAUUCAUGAUACCAAUGCGGAACACCUCGGUGCAGAGACCCAACAUUGACACGUUACUGGAUGAGGGCGGUAUGGCAUAUGCGGCACCAAGGUAUAAUAUAGAGGAGGCAUUGUCAAAAUGGCGGCAGGCGCGCGAAUUGGCAGUCAAGGAAAAGGAUUUGCUGAGAGAGGCAAAGGCGUUGUCAAACAUUGGAUGCGCUUUGCGGAGCCAAGGGAAAUUGCAAGAUAGCCUUAACGAACUUCGUGAUGCGUGGGACGUUUCGACAAAGUAUGUAGAGGAUGCUGCGUGGAGAUCCAAUUCCUUGUGGUUACAACUGGUGAUGCGGCACGCGGAUAUCGAUAGCGAUAUGGAGCCUGAUGAACCUAGCGGAUCAGUAAGGACUUCUUCAACAAAGUCUUUCAAUGAUCCUGCCCAGGAUGCUUCACAAGGCCCACCCAUCGUAGUGUGGUUUCUGCAGUUGACGACGAACCUUGGGAACGGAUAUUUUUGCUUGGGACAGUAUCAGGAAGCAAUACAGUAUCAUGAUAUGUGCCGGCGGUUAGCGGAGGCGGUCCUAGAAGAAUAUCCGCUGCCGCCGGGAUUUAACCUGCCAAACCUGCAGAGGACGUCAUCUGCUCCUUCAUUGUCGACGGGGAGUUCGUCUGAAUCGAUGCCAGGAAAUGAUCGCCGAUCAUCUUUUGAUGCUGGACCGUCCACCAAGACCAAAAUCAAGCUCUCGUACUUGCAUCGACAAACUCUGCUCGCCCAAUCCCGCUCUUUGACCCAUUUGGGACUCUGUCAUCAACAGCUUGGUCUGGAUGACGAAGCGUUAAACUCGCACACACAGGCAGAGUCAAUCGUCACCUUUUAUUCGGCUCGUCUGCUGGCGUCCACCUCCACUCGCCGAGCGUCUCUAUCCAAUCCCCAGGCGAUACCGACCGAAGUAUAUGCAGCAGAAGCUGCCAUCGUGGCGAAUGUUGGUACAUCAUAUUAUGCCAAAGGAAGAUUGCCGCUGGCAUUGGAGUAUCACGACCGUGCCGCCAAGCUCUUUCGUAAUAUCCAGGACACUAUGGGUAAAGCCAAAGAGGAAGCCAAUCUUGGCUGCCUGUAUAUCGAAGUAGGGCGAACAUUAAAUUCGAUGCAAUGGAUUCGGAGUAUGGAGACAUCCGGUAAUGGAUCACUGGAUUUGGCAGAAUGCAGACGGUACUGGGGUCCCCCGCGGUUGGAGACGAUUAAUAUCGGAACGGGAAGCCCGGAUGAGACCGCACCGGAAGUGAUUGGGCAACCAUUGUUUGAUCAAGGCAUUUUGGCCUUGUAUGAAGUUGCAAAAGUGUUCAAGAGUCCUAAUGAUUGGAUUGGGUCUAUGCUUAUUUAUGCGAAUCUGGCUGUGGGGUAUGUUUUGCUGCAUCAGCCGUACCUGGCUCUAUAUUACCUGUCAAAGGUCGUCCGUGAUCCAUCCCCCGACACAUCAACAUCGCCAACAGUACCACCCAACACGUUUGCUCCCGGUCCUCCCGGGACGUACAAACGUGGCGGCGUUCCGCCGUUCCUUUACCCCCAUGUAUAUUUCACUUUGUGCCAAGCGCUGUUUAUACUCACCCGCCUAAGUCAAGAGAAUCCCGACCGACCCUUAUUCCCACCAGCGACUGUCGGGAAGCCCAUCGAUCAAGGAACAGGUAUACCGGUCAUGGACCCGGAACCUGUCAACAAACUAUUGAAGGCCCUCGACAUGCCCGUUGUGGAUAUAAAAACACUCAACGACGAAUCACUAACCGAGCUAUUGGAAGGCUGUCGGCAGAUGUUGGAUAGCAUUAUGAACUUGCGGGCUCAGGCCGCUGCUACUCUUUAUGCCAUGGGGAGUGCGUCCUUGGAUGUCACGCGGCAAAAGUCAGUCAUCACGUCGGCUACGACAGGGAAGGUUGCGUGGGUCCUUGCUUCUGCCGGUGAGGGUGUACCGGACGAUUUCCGCACAUUGUAUCUUGACGAAGGACGAGGAGCACUCGCUAGGAGUGUCAAGGAGCUUGCACAGGCUGUCAAGACUUGUGAAGCAGGGUCUGCAUCAAGCGGUUUGUUGUCCCCCGUGUCAAAUGGACUAUUCGGCGACACGGGUGGAGUGCGAACGGAAGGUGGUGUAUUGGGCACCAUGUUGGAUUUGGCGAAUCAUGACGAGGCGAUAACGGAUGAAGCUGGAAUAAAUCCCUUGACGUGGAUUGGGCCUUCACUCCUUAGUCUUUCGGCGGAUUUGAUUGCAUACGCCUUCCACCAGCACCUACAGCGGUUGAAUGCCGGUAGGGAUCUAUUAGAAUUGUUGGGCCUUCCAGCUGGCAAAGACGCCAAUACGGUUCGUCGGACACUGUUGAGCAGUGCGAGGAAAGUGUAUGGCAGCCAAGUUGGGCUCUGUGAAUCAUGCGGAGUGAAUAUAGUGUCGAAUUUGGUGUCAGCUGCGGCAGCGGCAGCUGCAGCUGAGGAGGCUGGAGGUGGUGACGAAGUUGAGCCUGUACUUGUCAGCUUCAAAGGACGCAGAGCAAGGCGAGACGAGGGUGGAAAAGAACUUGCCUUUCCUUGUGAACAUUACAAGUGGAGGGUCCCUGUUGUUUGACGUUGGUGUGUGGAAAUUGUGGAUGAAGAAUAGUGUUUCGGCUAACGUUGUGUAUACAUGUCGUCUUUGGGGACGGGGUUUCUCACCGUCCAGUUGGCCAUUUUUUCAAAUUUAUAGUGUUUACUUUUGAACUUUUUUUUUUU